GAAGAAUCACAAAGACAACAACUAGUUAGAUAUUUGUCAAUAUUGCAACAUUUGGGUCCUGCUCACCUUCAUACGAUAAAUAGCUUUGUACAAAAGAAUAUAUCGUCGUCGGGUCAGCAGGGCGGCGCAGACGACCUACAUUUCGACGGAGAUGCAAGGUCCAAUCAACAUUCGAUUAUCAGUAUGAUGGCCCUGCUGGACAGAGCAUCCGAGGAACAGGUCGAUGUGGUGCUGUCGCUUCUGCGCUCGCAGAUACGUGGCCCACUCGACAUGUCUGACGUACAACGACUUCAGGGCAUCGCCAAUCAGUUGCGCGUUCCCGUCGAGCACGUUGAGUCCCUCGGCCGACUCGAGCAGGCACACCUCUUUUGCGAGGUGCUCACGCUGCACCUCUCUGAGGACCACCUGACCAAGAUCACCGACGCACUCACAGCCGUCUUCCCCCUGUCACCCAACGAAGACCCAAUCAACACCAACGCCAACACCCUCAUCAACCACCAGCAGCAGCAAAACUAUCUUAUCAUUCUUCAGAAGCUUCAACAACUGUUUACAACAUCACGUCUCGACUCGAUUCUUCACCUUCACCAAGAGCUCAACCAACAGGGCAUCGGCUUCUCGAUCGCCCAUCAACAGAUCUGCGAGACGCUGGACCUGAAGCCAGACGAGUACUACCUGGCCACGGCCCUAAAGUCACUGCUUCAGAUCGAAGAGUCGUCGCUCAUCUCACUGUUUGAGGCGUUCCCCAAGUUGCAAUCACUCCAACUGGCCCAGAUUGCCCAGCUACCCUAUCGAUCAAUCUAUGAGGUCUAUGACCUGCGCGCCAACCUGUGUUCACUGGUCAACACAUAUCAACUUUAUAGUGGACCUACAAACUAA